AUGGGACAAGUUCAGGACAUGAUCCGCGUCACGGUGCAGCCGGAGUCACAAGUGGUGGCGGAGGGGACGCGGGUGUCCCUGACCUGCUGGGCGACCGGCCCACCCGGGCUCACGUACCAGUGGUUCUGUGGGAGGCAGGAGGUGCCCGGAGCCACGGCUCCAGAGCUGGUGAUUGACACAGCCGCCCCUCCGGGCCAGCCCGAGUGGUACAUCUGCCGGGUGAACUGUGGGGCCACCUUCGCCUUCUCCAGGUGGGCCCACGUCCAGGUGGAGAAGAGCAGCAGCCCCAGCUCAGCCAGCGGUUAUUGCCCAACCAUGGUGGGGCUGCAGAUCCUGCGGCAGCCACGGCCGUGCCGUCUGGCCGAGGGGGACACACUGGUGCUGGAGUGCAGAGCCAUCGGCAACCCCCCGCCCCAGUAUCAGUGGUUCAGGAACUGGUGCCCUGUGGAGGGUGCGCAGGCACCCCGGCUCCAGGUGAAGCUGGUGACCACGGCCGAGCGGGGCAGCUACUCCUGCCGCGUGUUCAACCUCUUCCACGAGGUGUGGAGCCAGGACGUGGAUGUGGAGAUCGGCCCACGGCUCUUCACCUCUGGAGGCUCCUGGCAGGAGGGGGACGGAGGCUCCCCAGAUCGUGGCAGCCCUGGCCAGCUGUACGCAGCCACCGACAAAGUGGCCCUGCUCAUCGGGAACAUGCACUACCUGCACCACAAGCAACUGAAGGCGCCCAUGGUGGAUGUGCACGCCCUGGGCGCCCUCCUCCGCCAGCUCGACUUCAAGGUGGUGUCUCUGCUGGACCUGUGCAAGGCUGAGAUGCAGAUGGCUGUCAACGAGUUCCUCCUCCUCCUCGACAAGGGCGUCUAUGGUUUGCUCUACUAUGCUGGGCACGGCUAUGAAAAUUUUGGCAACAGCUUCAUGGUGCCCAUCGACGCCCCCAGCUCCUACACCUCCGUGCACUGCCUGUGCGUGCAGCGGGUGCUGCAGCGCAUGCAGCAGCGCCGCACCGGCCUCAACAUCUUCCUGCUCGACAUGUGCCGCAAGAGGAAUCUCAAUGACGACAUCAUCCCACAGGUCGGGGCACUGCAGGUCACAGCCAACAUCGUCUUCGGCUACGCCACGUGUGCCGACGCCGAAGCCUACGAGCUGAACCAGGGUGAGCUCUCCAACGGCAUCUUCGUCACCUUCCUCAAGCGCUGGCUGCUGGAGGACGAGAAGAUCACGGUGCUGCUGGACAAAGUGGCUGAGGACAUGGGCACGUUGGAGAUCACGCGGGGCCGGCAGGCACUGGAGCUCCGCAGCAACCUCUCGGAGAGACGAGCUCUGACAGACCCCAUCCGCCCCCCAGGCCGGGAUGAGUCCUCGGCCAGGAACCUGCAGUGGGCCAAGGCCCACGUCCUGCCGGAGAGCCGACACCUCCGCUUCGACUGCGGCGUCACCGUCCAGCUGGGCUUUGCUGCCGAGUUCUCCAACAUCAUGAUCAUCUACACUCGUGUGCUGGCAACCCCCGAGGACAUCACCAAGUGCGAGGCCAAGCUCACCGACAUACCCGAGGAGCUGGACGUGGACCUCAAGUGCACCAACAAGGAGAGCCCGGAGGAGGUGGGCAGCCCUCUGGCACCUGCCUGGAGCCUCGACUGCCCCUCCUGCUGCCUCUACAGCCGGCUCUGCGGCUUGCAGAAACUGCGGCAGGAGCUGGUGUUCACCGUCUGCCUUCAGUACUGCUACCGUGGCAUGGAUGACUUCGUGGAGGAGAGGCGGACGGUGAGCGUGGGGAAGCCGCUCAUCGCCAAGCUCAACCUGCGGCUGGUGGCCUCCCCCUCGCCGCCUGGCAGCCCCCUCUCCGCCUCGCCCCUGAGCUGGGGGGCAGCGGGGAGCUCCUGGGUCAACACCCCGGAGGAGAACCUGAGCCCCGAGAUCCCCGGCUCCCACGCCCUGUAGAGGGACAGUGCAGGUCCCCCUUGUCCCCGCAGUCCCCUGGGGCCACGUCUGUCCUGCUGCGGGGCUGGGGGCUGGAGGGGACGGACGUGACGUGUGCGGGAGGGGGUGAGCCUGAUCCUGGCCUGUGCCAGGGGGUGCGGGGCUCGCUGUGCGGCACGGCUGGGACCCCCACGCAGGGGACUGCGGCUCCGUGCUGCCCUACGUACACAGCGUGGCCCUGCAGGUACGGGCAGUGCCAGCCCCACGUUCCCUGGCACGGCAGCGCCAGCUCCUCAUCUCAUGUCAGUGCCAGUCCCAGGGGCCAGGACACUGCUGGCACCCUCGGGGCCGGGGGGGACAGGGCCCGGACCCCACGGCUCAGCUGGCGCGAGGCGUCACGCUGGGGCAGGGUUGGGUUCACUCAGGCCUAGCAGAAAUAGAGAGAAAUAAGGAGAUUAGGGGGUAAAUCCCAUGGGAGGAGAUUAGAGGGGGUGGGAGCAGGAGGGCUCCUGCUCUGCCAGGAGGGGCUGGGAGAACCCACCAGUGCCCCCAGUGCUCCCAGUACAGCCCCGGGUGCGGGACUGGGCAGUGAGAGAUUUCAGGACAGAAUUGGGAUCUAGGGCGGGGGGGGGGAAGUGCCUUUCUGCUUGGAUUUUUCCCAAACGUGGCCCCACGUGGCAGUGGCCACAAAUGAUGCAGGGUGUGCCCCACGGGGUCUCAGCAGGGGAAAGGACCAAUAAAGAGGG